CUAAAACGCAGAGUUUUAUUAAGGAGGCUCCCCUCUUCCAUUCUCUUUAGGGUUUGUUUUACGUUUUAUCAGCUCGUCCCCUUUGUAGCGCCGCUCUUCUUCUGUUCAGUCAAUCUCCUCAAUGGCACCGAAGAAGGACAAAGUUCCACCACCGUCCUCUAAGCCCGCCAAAUCCGGCGGCGGAAAGCAGAAGAAGAAGAAGUGGAGCAAGGGAAAGCAAAAGGAGAAGGUGAACAACAUGGUUCUCUUCGAUCAGGCUACUUACGACAAGCUUCUCUCCGAAGCUCCCAAGUUCAAACUCAUCACUCCUUCCAUCCUCUCCGACCGUCUUCGGCUAUUUCCACUCCUCCAACUUUUCACCAGACGUGAUCCAACUAGAUUAUUGGCUACUCUUAUCAAUGGGUCACUUGCUAGGAAGGCCAUUAGAGAUUUGAUGGCUAAAGGAACCAUCAGGAUGGUCUCUACUCACUCUAGCCAGCAGAUUUACACUAGGGCCACCCACAACUAAGUUUCCUUUCAUUUUGUUUCCUCUCUCUUAUUUGCCUCAUCAAGUCUUUGACUCACUGUUUAGAUGUUGAAUCUUUUCCCUUCAAUCAAGAUUUUCAAGAAUGGAGUUUUUAA